AUGUCAAAGGCAAAAGUUUCAGCGGAAUGGAAGAAACGAGUGAAAUCGGAAUACAUGCGUUUGCGGCAAAUGAAACGGUACAAACGUGCGGACGAGGUUAAGAUUGCGUGGAACCAGAAUCGCAAAACUAUGACAGAGCUUCUUGUGGCUGAACAAAAACGUUGGGCCGAUGGAAAAGCCAUGUGGCUAGCUAUGCAAGAUAUUCCGCCUCAUCUUUCUUGUAUGAAGAAAGCAGAAAUAGCUAGUUCAGAUGGUGAUAUGCAAACAUGUCCUGUCAAAAUAAUUAAUGCGGUUACUCCUAUACCAACAAUGUAUACAUGGGCACCUAUACAACAGAAUUUCAUGGUGGAAGAUGAAACUGUUUUACAUAAUAUUCCUUACAUGGGUGAUGAAAUUCUGGAUCAAGAUGGUACUUUUAUCGAAGAACUUAUCAAGAAUUAUGACGGAAAGGUACAUGGUGACAGAGAAGCUGGUUUUAUGGAUGAUUCUAUCUUUGUCGAUUUGGUAAACGCAUUAGUAAAUUAUGAGAAAGAAGAUAAAGAAAAGGAGCAAACAAAAAAAGGAAAAGAAUCUUUAAGAGAAAAAGAUAUUCAAAAGGAGGACGAGAAAAAGGAUGUUGAAGUAAAGUGCGAAAUAAAGACAGAGAGGAUUGAAAAUGGAAAAAUACUGAGUGUUCCAUUUCCAUCGAUGCAUAUAUUCAAUGCAAUAUCGAGUAUGUUUCCUGAUAAAGGCAGACCUGAGGAAUUGAAAGAAAAGUAUAUUGAAUUAACAGAAAGAUCAGAUCCAAAUGUCUUACCUCCAGAAUGCACGCCUAACAUAGAUGGUAUAAACGCAAAAAGUGUACCUAGAGAACAGACAAUGCAUUCUUUCCAUACUUUGUUCUGCAGAAGAUGCUUCAAGUACGACUGCUUUUUACAUCCAGCCAGGGGGACUUCGCCGCAAGGUCUUCAAGUUUGCCACCCGGGGCCUAAUUUGCUGAAACGGAAAGGGCCCGAUCUGAAACCGUUCUCGGAGCCAUGCGGGACAGAAUGUUACAUGCAUCUGGAGGGGAUGAAGGAAAAACUGGCGGCACAAGCGGCGGACACAAAGGAAGAGGAAGGUGACGAGAAGCGUGGUGGUCCUCCGAGGAAAGUACGAAAACAAGCGAGUGUCGAUUCAGGAAACGAAGCGAGCAGUGAGGACAGCAAUGAUAGCAAUAAAUACAGUCAAGGAGGCAGUUGCCAAGAUUUUAAGCAGAAUGUUAAUAAAGAGACGAGAUCCGAAGAGAUAAUUGAGGAUCAGGCGCAGCCUGAGAACCAAACGCCGUUUACUCUGUUGGGUCUUGAUAAACGGAUUAAGUUGGAAAACAAAUUCACAUGGACCGGUUCUGAGCAGAGCUUAUUUCGUGCUCUACACAAGGCCUUUCCUGGUAAUCCGUGCGCGUUGGCGCAAAUCAUGUUGACGAAAACGUGCAAAGAAGUUUACGAAUUUGCGCAGAAAGAAGCAUCGGACAUUCCUGCCAUCGAAAAUCUCAAGGACUUUACACCGCCACGAAAGAAGAAGAAGAAACAUCGUUUAUGGUCAAUGCACUGUCGAAAAAUACAACUUAAGAAGGACUCGGGUGCUAACCAUGUGCACAAUUUUGCACCUUGUGAUCAUCCCGGUCGUCAGUGUGAUAACUCAUGCCCGUGUAUACAAGCGCAGAACUUUUGCGAAAAGUUUUGUCAGUGCAGCAGUGAGUGCCAGAAUAGAUUUCCCGGAUGCCGGUGCAAGGCGCAGUGCAACACGAAGCAAUGCCCUUGUUAUCUAGCCGUUCGGGAAUGCGAUCCGGAUCUCUGCCAAACAUGUGGCGCGGAUCAAUUCCAAAUCACCAGGAUAUCUUGCAAGAACGUCAGCGUGCAACGUGGACUUCGUAAGUUUCGUCAAAUUUCAAUGAAGAAUGAAAAUAAUCACAAACAUCUUCUGAUGGCGCCAUCUGAUGUAGCGGGCUGGGGUAUUUUCCUAAAAGAAUCAGCUGCGAAGAAUGAAUUUAUCUCGGAAUAUUGCGGUGAAAUAAUCAGCCAAGACGAGGCCGAUAGGAGAGGGAAGGUAUAUGACAAAUAUAUGUGUAGUUUCCUUUUCAAUCUUAACAAUGACUUUGUCGUAGACGCAACACGAAAAGGAAAUAAAAUAAGGUUCGCCAAUCACUCAAUAAAUCCUAAUUGUUAUGCGAAAGUGAUGAUGGUGAAUGGUGAUCACAGAAUAGGUAUUUUUGCUAAAAGAGCGAUUCAACCUGGUGAAGAAUUAUUUUUCGAUUAUAGAUAUGGACCAACGGAACAACUCAAAUUCGUCGGCAUCGAGCGAGAAAUGGAGUUUCUCUAAAUAUAUAUAUGUAUAUAUGUAUUUUAUGCGGAUUAUUAUACGCGUAUAAAUGGCGCAUUGAGCGAGUACAUACAGCUGAAACGUUAGGAAGGAAAUAAGCACUGCCGACUCGUACGCCUCUCUAUUUUUAGUUAAAUUUUUUUUUUAUCUAAUGAAAUCGACAUUAAUUUUACAGAACUGUAGUUAUAAGCUUCUUGCAUGUAUAUAUAGAGGAACUUCCUGAAAUAUGUUCGUUCUUUAUAAAUAUUUCGAAACAUACGAAAGUCUAAAAGUGAGAAUAUACGUAUAUAUUAUGGUAUGUAUGUAUUGUAAAUAAGAGGAUUUAUAAAAUAUUAUUGAUUCGAAUGUAUCUCAUGAAGUUCUUAUUACAACACUUUGCAUUGAUAUCAUCUCACAUUUACUGUAUUUUAUACCUGAUCGUAGUGAGUUCUUUAUAAUCAUAUAAAACGCGAACUUACGAUGAUCGAUAAGUACUAUUCAGUUUCAAUAUGAUGAUGCUUAGCUACUGAAUUGAAAUUGAGAACACAUAUUGAAUUUCCACUCCUAAUUAUGACCCGAUAUAUUUGCAAGAAACAAAAUCAUUCAGCAAUAUUCCAGUGAAACUGCGAAAUGAGAUAAAUUCCAAUAGAUCUUGGAAUUUGAAGACUUAUAUAUGUAGGAUAACAUGUACCUGAUGAGUGAUCUCUCGAUAGAUAAAUAUCGCAGUUCAUAUUUCAACACACUGUUUCACAUACGUGUGAAAAAUGUCUAUUAGUCUCACCGAAAAUCGUCGUCUUUUUAGCUGUAUGUGUGUAUCAUUUAUUAAAACGUAUUUUAUGGAGAAAUUAUUCUUCAUAAUUCUAUAUAUCCUUAUAACCUGCUCUAAUCCGUAAUUCAUGAUCCCUGGAGCAAAUAUCGAUUACAUAUUGUGCGUAACUUACGGACA